CCAGCUUUCUAUUCUACUUCCGCCUUUUUCAAUCGCACUCUCUGCUAACAUGGCCAAAGUCAAAGCCAAGGAAUUGAGGGGUAAAAAGAAAGAUGAGCUUGUAAAGCAGCUUGAUGAAUUGAAAAAUGAGCUUGCUACACUUAGAGUUGCUAAAGUAACAGGAGGAGCAGCAUCAAAGUUGUCAAAGAUUCGAGUGGUGCGUAAAUCAAUUGCUCGUGUCUUAACAGUGAUGCACCAGACUCAAAAAGAAAAUCUGAGGAAGUUCUACAAGACAAAACGCCACAAGCCAAAGGACUUGCGUCCAAAAAAGACAAGAGCCAUGAGGAGAGCCCUCAACAGUUAUGAACUUUCCAUAAAGACAGCUAAACAACAGCGCAAGGAACGUCUGUACCCUGUCAGAAAAUUUGCUGUCAAGGAAUAAAUUAAUAAAAUAAGAGAGUAA